GCUCUGGCAGAUGAGUUUCUGGAGGGCUCCCUGCUCCUGGACUCCUUCCUGGACCGCUUCCUGUCCCUGCGCUCGCUGGCUCACAAGCGGCGCGUGCGAUUGGAUAAGCUCCAGGAAGCGCUGCGCCAGCGGAGCGAGGCCGACGCCCCCCCCGCCGCCGCCGCCGUCGCCAUGGCGUCCGCCGGCAGCCAGAGCGCCGCCGGCACGCCGUCCCCGUGGAGCCAGCCGCCGUGCGCGGCCCCGCCCACAGACCCGCCCCAGAACGCCUCCCAGCCGGGGCCCCCCCCCGGGGCCCCCCCCGGCCUGCCCUACAGCCCCUACCCGGUGUCCCCGCCCCACCCGCUGCCCGCCGCCGCCGCCGCCGCCGGCCCCCCCGGCCAGGCCUCGCCGUUCCCCCCCUACCCCGGGGGGGGCUUCUCCGGGCCCAGGCCCGCCUUCGGGCCCCCGCCCCCGGUGGCCUGCCCCUACCCGGCCCAGCCCUCCUUCUCCGCCCCCCACCCCGGCUCGGCCUUCGGCCAGUACCCCCCCAGCCACGCCCAGAGCGCGCCGGCGCCCUACGCGGCCUCCUACAGCUACGGGGGCUACAGCUACCCGGGGGGGGGGCCCUACCCCUCCUCCCACAAAGUCCUAACCCGGUGGGGGAAAAAAACAUCCAAGUAA